AGUACAGGGAUCGAAUCCUGGACCUUGGUGUUAUCAGCACCACACUCUAACCAACUGAGUAACCUGCCAGCCCUUAUAUAAGAGAUUUUAAUGCAUUUUUGGCAAGUGGGUGUUUUAAUUUUUAAAUUGAGAAAUAAUAUUUGAAAAAUAAAAAUAUACCAAAUGUUUUAGAAAGUAUACACACACGUUAAUGUGUAUGCUGCUUUACAAGUUUCAAAGUGUAUUUUUAUAUAUUACCUUAUUUGAUCCUAACAACGAUUUUAUAAGUUUGUCAUAUCAUAUAAGAAAACUGAUUCUCAGUGAGGUUAUGUGAUUUAAAGGACAUACUAGUAUUUUAUAGAGCUGGUACCAGAACCAAAGUUCUGGUAUCUGGUUUGUGUCCUGGUUACUGUGUAUGUCGUCAUUCCAGUGGAAAUAACCUACCAGUUAUUUUUUCUAGGAGUUGGGAUUGAUUUGCAACUGAUUUCUCUUUUGCUUGGUAUAAUGUUUAAUGACUCUGCUGCAGUUUGUGAAAUGCUUGACUUGGCUCUGUGAUGUAAAUCAUGGCCAGGAAAAUAAGCAGAGCUUUCACAGAAUGGGGGGAUCUUAACUUGCUGUGCUGUAACCAGUCAAGCUAUACAAGUAUACUACAGGUAAAUAGUGCAGAAAUAGUGGUGAUUUCUUACAAUUUCCUGCUCUAGUAUCCACUAAUCUUCUUUUGAUAAUAUAUGGAAAUUCUUUUCAUUAAUAUUUACUCAUUUCAAAGGAAUAUUGUAUUUAAAGGUUUUAAAAUGGCAUAAAUAUAACGGAAAAUAGCUAUUCUUUAUGUUUUCAAGAAGGGCAGACAUGAAUUUUUCAGAAAACAAUGCUUCUUAAUUAUAUACCAUUAUAUUUAUUAGUUAUAUGCAAGUCUUGUAUAUUAAAUGUAAAAAUUUGUUAAAGGCACGUAUAGUUAAGAUAAUUUUAUUUUAAUAAGGUUAUUGCUUUUACUCUAUUUAAACAACCUUUAUUUCUAAAUGGAACAUAUAAUUAUAUCUAGGUCACUAGAAUUUCACUGUAUUCUCUUUGUUGGCUGCCCCAGCUUGGGGGAAAUAGAUAAAAAUUGAUGACUGUCUAUUUGAAUUUCUUGUUAUACAUUAUUUGUUAUAUAUUCAACAGUAGUUCAAGAGGCAUCUUAAUUGCGUCUUCAUUAGGAAAAAUAAAAGCAUAAGACAACUUCUGCCUGUGAAUAGCAGCUAAAUGGUAAGAUGACAUUAUAGUCUGCCAGUUGAGUAUUACUAUGUGAGCAGAGUGUUAAAUGAUUUUUCCACAUUAUUUAAUCCUAAUAACAACCGUACGACGUAUAGAUAUUAUUACUCCCAAUUAACAGGUAAGAAAACUGUUAAUAGGAGUUAACAGAAAACUGUUAAAGAGAACAGGAAAUACUGAAUAAACUUGGCCAAGGCCAGUGAGGGCCAAGGCAGAUUUUAGGCUUUGGGAAACAAGCCCGUCAAGCUAACUAGAGGUCCCAGGGCUAAAGGCUGGGGUGGCCUACUAAUAGUUUUGUUAAAGUUCAAUUACGUUUUCCUAAAAUAUUUAAGAGACCACCCUUGCCCGGAGCCUGGGGAUCGCCUGAUGGCUCAGUUUAAAGUCACCAGAAGCUCAGGCCCCUUAUGCCCCUACCCCUCAACCGGGCGCAGGCGUUUUUUUCUACCGCCGCAGUUCGACAUUUCUCCGCUCCGCCCCUGCUCAAUUUCUCUUUCCGGCUGCCUUCACUCGCCUGCGACCCUGUCGCCUUCAGUGACGUCAGGAGCCUCGGCCUCUCCCAUUGGCCUAUUUCAAUAGUCGCGGGAUACUUGAACUGCAUGAACAGCCGCCGCUCCGGCGGGCUGCUCGGUACACCUCGGGGUCAUCUUUGGUUCUCCACGCCGGCAGUGCCUGCCUGCAGCUUUCACGGCCCCUCGCUCCUACGGGGUCCCGAGCUGGGUGAACGGGCUGGAGGGCGGGCGGGCGGGCACGCUGGCCCGAGCUGCAGCGGGCGGCUACGGCUGGAGAGUUCCUCGGCGGGGUUGGCGGGACCGGUCGGCGGGGCGUAGUGCACGGUGCUUGGCGCCGCAGGCUGAUCCCGCCGUACGCCCCUGGGAGCAGUGAUGUUGGGCAGCUCCGCGCCGGGGCCUGCGGCCCGCGAAGCGGGCUCGGCACCGCUAACGCUGCAGCAGACGGCGCUCCAAGAGGACCAGGAGAACAUCAACCCGGAGAAGGCGGCGCCUGCCCAGCAGCCGCGGACCCGGGCCGCGCUGGCGGUACUGAAGGCCGGGAACACGCGGGGUCCAGCGCCGCAGCAGAAGCCCAAGACGCGACGGGUUGCACCUCUUAAGGAUCUCCCUAUAAAUGAUGAGCAUGUCGUUGUUCCUCCUUGGAAAGCAAACAAUAAACAGCCUACAUUCACCAUUCAUGUGGAUGAAGCAGAAGAAAAAACUCAAAAGAAGCCAACUGAAUCUCAAAAAACAGAGCAUGAAGAUGUCCUGGCUUUUAAUUCAGCUAUUACUUUACCUGGACCAAGAAAACCACUGGUACCUCUUGAUUAUCCAAUGGAUGGUAGUUUUGAGUCACCACAUAAUAUGGACAUGUCAAUUGUAUUAGAAGAUGAAAAGCCAGUGAGUGUUAAUGAAGUACCGGACUACCAUGAGGAUAUUCACACAUACCUUAGGGAAAUGGAGGUUAAAUGUAAACCUAAAGUGGGUUACAUGAAGAAACAGCCAGACAUCACUAACAGUAUGAGGGCUAUCUUGGUGGACUGGUUAGUUGAAGUAGGAGAAGAAUAUAAACUGCAGAAUGAGACACUGCAUUUGGCUGUGAACUACAUUGAUAGGUUCCUUUCUUCAAUGUCUGUGCUAAGAGGAAAGCUUCAGCUUGUGGGCACUGCUGCUAUGCUGUUAGCCUCAAAGUUUGAAGAAAUAUACCCCCCAGAAGUAGCAGAGUUUGUGUACAUUACAGAUGACACCUAUACUAAGAAACAAGUUCUAAGAAUGGAGCAUCUGGUUUUGAAAGUCCUUACUUUUGAUUUAGCUGCACCAACAGUAAAUCAGUUUCUUACACAAUACUUUCUGCAUCAACAGCCUGCAAACUGCAAAGUUGAAAGCUUAGCAAUGUUUUUGGGAGAAUUAAGUUUGAUAGAUGCCGAUCCAUACCUAAAGUAUUUGCCAUCAGUUAUUGCUGGAGCGGCCUUUCACUUAGCACUCUACACAGUAACAGGACAAAGCUGGCCUAAAUCGUUAAUACAUAAGACUGGAUAUACCCUGGAAAGUCUUAAGCCUUGUCUCAUGGACCUUCACCAGACCUACCUCAAAGCACCACAGCAUGCACAACAGUCAAUAAGAGAAAAGUACAAAAGUUCAAAGUAUCAUGGUGUUUCUCUCCUCAACCCACCAGAGAAACUAAAUGUGUAACAAUAAAAGACUGCCUUUGUUUUCUAAGAUAUGAAUCACUCAAAAUAUAUGGUGUACAUACAGUUUUUACCUUAGGUUUUAAUUUUACAAUCAUUUCUGAAUAUAGAAGUUAUGGCCAAGUACAAAUUAUGGUAUCUAUUACUUAUUAAAUGGUUUUAAUUUGUAUAUCUUUUGUACAUGUAUCUAUCUUGGACAUGUGGCUAAUUUUAAAUGUUUAUUAAAGCAUUAAUGAGGCCAGCUGUCAGGAUAAUAAUUAAUAAAUUGAUUUGGAAAACUG